AAGCUCUCGCUGGAGAGACAAAAAUAAAUAAAAAAAAACAAGGAGGAGGAGAAUAGCAAUGGCUCAUGCCACGUUUACGGCGGAAGGGCAGAAUAUGGAGUCGUUUCGGCUCUUGAGCGGCCACAAAAUCCCAGCCGUUGGACUCGGCACAUGGCGAUCUGGGUCUCAGGCCACCCACGCAGUUGUCACUGCACUCGUCGAGGGUGGUUAUAGGCACAUAGAUACAGCUUGGGAGUAUGGUGAUCAGAAAGAGGUCGGCCAAGGAAUAAAGAGGGCGAUGCACGCUGGCCUUGAAAGGAGGGACCUCUUUGUGACGUCCAAGCUUUGGUGCACGGAGCUAUCUCCUGAGAGAGUGCGUCCUGCUCUGCAAAAUACCCUUAAAGAGCUUCAGUUAGAGUAUCUUGAUCUCUACCUGAUUCACUGGCCUUUUCGGCUAAGAGAAGGAGCUAGUAGGCCACCAAAGGCAGGGGACGUUCUUGACUUUGACAUGGAAGGUGUUUGGAGAGAAAUGGAGAAGCUGGCCAAGGACAAUCUUGUCAGGAAUAUCGGAGUCUGUAACUUUACUGUCACUAAGCUCAAUAAGCUUCUAGGAUUUGCUGAGUUGAUCCCUUCCGUUUGCCAGUCUGUCAUCUUGGGGACUCAGAUGGAAAUGCAUCCUGGUUGGAGAAAUGAUACAAUGCUCGAACUCUGCAAGAAGAAUCACAUCCAUGUUACAGCUUAUUCGCCACUGGGAUCUCAAGAAGGUGGGAGAGAUCUGAUACACGAUCAGACAGUUGAUAGAAUAGCGAAGAAGCUGAAUAAGACGCCGGGACAGGUUCUAGUGAAAUGGGGUAUACAGAGAGGAACAAGCGUCAUUCCCAAGUCUCUGAAUCCAGACAGGAUCAAAGAGAACAUUAAAGUGUUUGAUUGGGUUAUCCCUGAACAGGACUUCCAAGCUCUCAACAGCAUCCCUGACCAGAAACGAGUGUUGGACGGCGAGGAUCUUUUCGUGAACAAGACGGAAGGUCCGUACCGUACCGUAGCAGAUCUAUGGGACCAUGAAGACUAACCGAAUACGAGGAUCAAAUAAAGUUAUGUAAGGCGUUUGUUGUAAAAUAUGUCAUGUUUUAGUUCCUGAAAAGAAUAAAUGACCUAGUAGUGUCCCACAAACAAUUCCUAAAAAAACUGUUAUAACAACAUUAUGCCAUGAAUCUCUCUUCAACGACGGAGGAGACUUGUUGUUGUACGGCUAAAACUGAUGCAGUGAGCUUGAGAUC